AUGACAAUAUUCUUGGGCAUUUACAAGGCGGUUUUCCAGUACGAGCCACAAUCGGAAGAAGAAUUGGCGAUUGAUGAAGACGACCUGUUGUAUCUUCUUCAAAAGUCCGAUGUUGACGACUGGUGGACAGUGAAGAAAAGAGUCAUUGGAUCAGAUGCAGAAGAACCAGUAGGAUUGGUGCCCAAUAAUUACAUUGAGGAGGCAAAUGUCAAAACAACGGCGAAGGCACUGUACGACUACCCAGAAGUACAGAAUCCGGAAGAGGAACUGGAAUUCAGUGAAAACGAUGUUUUCGACGUUUACGACGAUAGAGAUCCAGACUGGGUUUUGUGUAAAUCUCGCAGAACAGGCGAAUUUGGAUUCAUCCCUGGAAACUACGUGGAGAUUGGGGGUACCUCUGCUGCAGUCCCCCAAGUGUCGAAUGUCAACGCUGCAAGCUUUCCUCCUCCACCACAACACAUUGCCAAGACGGUAGAGGCUCCUCCGGCUGCUGCAGAACCCAUACAGCAGUCUAGAAGACCAUUGGAGUAUCUAUCAGAUGAGGAAGAAGCCCCUCCACCAAGGCCGUCCAGGCCAGUGGAGAACGCAGAACCAGAAAUAGAAGACCGCAGAGGGGAGGCUGAGAGUGAAUCUUCACUUUUCCGCACCUGGGAUGUUUCUGAGGUAGAUGGUAGGAAAAAGCACAAGGCGAAAUUGGCAAUUGGGAAGAACUCGGUCUUCUUCACACCUUCUAAGGGAACCCCACAACAGUGGCCUAUUCAUGACCUCAAAUCUUAUGAUAAUGAGAAAAAGCACAUUUUUUUAGAAUUCACGAACCCGUACGUUAAUCUCGAACUUCACACAGGGUCUUCCACCGUUGCCGAUGAAAUUAUGACUCUUCUCGGCGAGUUGAAAGGCGUAUACCAUGCCAGUGGUUUGCGUGAAGUAGAGGCAGCCACAAAGGCUCCUGCCAAAAAAUCUCAUAGAAAGCAAGGUAAAGUGGUGUACGAUUUUAUCGGUGAGUCCAACGACGAACUAACCGUCAAGGAGGGCCAAAUCGUUUACAUCUUGGACGAUAAGAAAUCGCCAGACUGGUGGAUGUGCGAGUCUACCGAAAACGGCCGCAAGGGUGUCAUACCAGCGCAAUUUGUUGACCCCAUCAAUCAGCUGUCUCAUAUGGCAAAUUCCCUAAAAUCUUUGGGCAGAUCCAGCAACAAGGUCGCUUCUGAACCUUCACCAUCUAAGGACUGGAAAGAUGAUGCAGAGCAACACACUUCCAAGAAAAGUGCAAGGAAAAGAGCCUCGUCGAUUUUGUCGCGCGGCAAGAAGCAUGAUGAUGAAUCGCGGUCUUCCAGCAAAAAGAAAAAAGAUUAUCCUGAUUCCAGCAAGACCAGGAUUUGGGUGGACAGGAGUGGUACUUUCAAAGUUGAGGCUGAGUUCAUUGCCUGUGUUGAGGGCAAAGUUCAUUUACACAAAGCAAACGGUGUAAAGAUCGCCGUUGCUGCGGACAAGCUCUGUUUAGAUGACCUGGAGCGUGUGGAACGGAUCACUGGUACUUCUUUGGACAAGUACAAGCCAAAGAGUUCCAACGGUGGCUCUUCUGCAAGAGAGAAGGAACGUGAAAGGAGAAGAAGAAUCAAAGAACACGAAGAACGCGAACGGGAACGGGAAGAAAGAGAACGGGAUCGCAGACAAAGGGAACGAGAAUUAGACGAACUGCGCGAAGCUCGCGAUUUACUCGACAAAGAAAGAGACCUUCUACGUGCUCGACAAGAACAGGAUCUUCCUCCUAUCAAGCCUCCGCGUCCUUCCAAUGACACAAGCCAGCCUCACACCAGUACAGCAACGAGGAAUACCACUAAACGGGUAGAGUACGACUGGUUUGAGUUUUUCCUCAACUGCGGCGUCGACGUGAAUAAUUGCCAACGGUAUACCAUCAACUUCGAGCGCGAACAAAUUUCUGAAGAGACUCUACCACAUAUCCAGCCUUCUGUUUUGCGAACUUUAGGCUUGCGUGAAGGUGAUAUUAUAAGAGUGAUGAAAUACUUAGAUCAAAAAUUCGGGAGAGAGAACACUCAGUACCCAACGUCCACUGGUGGAUUAUUUUCUGAACCAGAUGGGUCUCUCAAAAUUUCUAAUGAGGGGAGAGCGUCAGGGUCGUUGCCAGAGAAAUUACUUCCUCAAGGGUCAUCAGCAGGUCAAGAUGAUGAUGCCUGGACCGUGAGACCCGCUGCAAAUACAGAAGCUGCACUGCCACCCCAAAAGUCAGAAUUCACCGGCUCUAUGCAGGAUCUUCUUGAUCUACAACCUUUAGAACCUAAGAAGGCACCACAACCGAAGGUAAGAGACUUAGAGCCUGUUAAAACAGGGUCUUCGAGGGUAGAGUCCGGUUUGCUACCAGAAAAAACAGGGCAAUCAUUGGCGCCUUUAGAUCCUUUCAAAACUGGUGGCCAUAAUCUCAUCCCCAUGGUAACAGGAGGAUUUGUUAUGGUUCCUGUCAGCACUGGAGGCUUGCUACCCAUGUCCACUACAGGCGGAAUGAUACCACAAACAACUUUUGGUAUGAAAGCACCUGGAACCAUCCUACCAGUACAGAAAACUGGAAGCGGGUUGGUCCCCGCUUACACAGGGGGACUCUUGCCACAGGCGACUUUUGGGAUGCAAGGAACCAACAAUUUAAUGCCUUUGCAAAGAACCGGCGGUACUCUUCCUCUGAAACAGACGCAGAUAACGGGAGGACUUCUACCACAGACAACAUUUGGAAUGCAGGGUAUCAAUAGUACAGUGCCUUUUCAGAGAACCGGUGGGACUUUACCUCUUCAGCAGUCUCAGCUAACGGGAGGAAAUUUCGGACAAACAACUGGCCUCUUACCGAUGCCCACUACAUCAUUCGGGCUGCACACGACUGGUGGAAACAUGUUCACUUCUCAAAGAACUGGAGGUCUAUCAUCUUUUGGGACUGGAACAGCGCUUCCUCAAGCGGCUUUUCCUCAAACAAGCUUCGGAGGCCAAAUCACAGGUGGUGGCUACAGUGGACCGUCGCAGCCCAGCUUCCCAAACAACUUGACUGGGGGCCCUGCUUUGAUGCCUCCAACAUCGUUUGGCAACCAAAUGACGGGUGGCGGAAAUUUCAUACCGCCAACGUCUUUCGGAAGUCAAGUUACUGGAGGUAUGCAGAACCCAAUGGGAUAUGGCGGUUCGAACAACUUAGGUCAGAAUAUCACCGGUAUACCCCAGAACACGUUCAAUGAUCACAGGACUGGUGGUUUUCAAAUGACAGGACAGCCUCUUUCUAAUAAUUUUACCGGGGGUUUCCAACCUCAAUCACAGUUCGGGAUCGGAUUGCAAAGAACCGGUGGAGUAUCGUCACUGCCCCAAACGUCCUUUAAUACCGGCGCUGCGUCGCAACCACCGCUAGGGAACUCCUUUACCGGUGGAAUGAAUCAGCUCAACAACACAUUUCAAAACACCUCAAUCUCCCAGCCAGUACUGCAGUCUCAACCCACUGGUUUCGGUUUUGGGAAUGGUCCGCAAAGUCAGCAACGGACAGCUAAUAUGUACAACGCCACAAGCGAUAACCCAUUUGGCUUUUAA